CGACACCACGGCGCCGCAGUGAACUCAGCUGACAAUAACAGCCGUAAAACGCCUUUUGGUUUUGCACUUGUGUAAAUAUAAAUAAGCUGACUCAUUCACUUCUCUGAGCCCGCUUCUGUCACUGUGAUGGGAAUAAAAGGUCCUGCAAGUCUUUCUGAUCUCAUUAGAAUGACUAACAGCAGCUUCACAUUGGUGGAAAUGGGCUUCCAUACUAAUAAGACAAACAGGAAAUGAUUUCAGACAGUCUCAUUAAAACAGGACAGUCUAAACCUGAGCCGCAGAGGUGACGAUAUCCUGCAAUAACAUCCUACAUUUCCCACAAUGCAGCUGGAUAGCGUCUUUCAUUAGAGCCUCCCUGCUUCGUAAACGGCCGCGUCUUUAAACUCCACAGACUGUGUGUUAGACAUCUGCAGUCUCCGAGCCCAAGCUGAGGUCACUCUGAUGACAUCAUCGGGGUUAUUGUCUCCUCCAGAGCCGCAGAAGACGUUAAAAGUGUUUUACAGGCUGAAUUGGACUAAACGUGAUCAGUAGAUUGACCUGAGGUGUUGACAUUAUUUUGUCCACCGUCUCAAAGCGUCUUGUAUUCGCACCGUGCUGCACGUGCUCAGUCCGGGCUGACGUGCGUCGCCCUGAAUCGUCAGUGUCACGAGCCUUCGCAGCUCCCACUUCACGAAACAGGAUUUGAAAACAACACAGUCCAAGAUCUGAUCCAGAUCUUCCUCCACAGCCCGGCAGCUUCCUCUCCUCCCCGAUUAAAGGCCGCGUUAUUCGGGGAGUGAGGUUGGACUUGAUGCUGCGCAGCUCCACCGAGAAUCCAGCAGAACACGAGCUGCCGCUGAACGGACAGUAAAAGCUUCUGUGUUUACAGUCUUUAUUGGCAUUAAUGGUGAAAGGAAACUAACGGAAGCAGGACUCGCUCUAUUCUCAGAGUAAUGUGUCAUUACAUCCCACAUGAAGCAGAGUCUGAUCUGAGGAGGGUCACAGCAGCAGGAGACGUCAGGAGACUGAUGGGGAGACACUCCGGCGGAGCGUCCACUCUGCUAAUGAGAAUGAAUGAGGUGUUCCUCCUCCGGUACAUAUAAACUGCUGCUGCCUGGUGACUGACGGAGGACACGCAGCUGAGGGGGUGGUGUGAGCGCAGACAGCAGGUCCAGGAGCAGCAGGUCCAGCAGACAGCAGGUCCAGCAGCAGCAGGUCCAGCAGACAGCAGGUCCAGGAGCAGCAGGUCCAGGAGCAACAGGUCCAGGAGCAGAAACAUGGGACGAACACCUGAACCUGACCUCAACACCUCCAUCUGCCUCCGCCCCUGCGUUAACGCCUCCUGUCAGCCUCCAAUCAGAGCAGCGUGUCCGUACAGCACGGCUCAGCUGGUCCUCAUCGUCAUGGUAACCGCCUCCCUCAGCGUCGUCACCGUCCUGGGUAACACGCUGGUGAUCCUGUCCAUCAAAGUGAACCGUAACCUUCGGACCGUCAACAACUACUUCCUGUUGAGCCUGGCGGUGGCCGACCUGAUCAUCGGACUGCUCUCCAUGAACCUGUACACGCUCUACCUGCUGCGGGGCCGCUGGCCCCUGGGGGCCGCGGUCUGCGACAUGUGGCUCGUUGUGGACCACGUGGUGAGCAACGCCUCUGUCAUGAACCUGCUGAUCAUCAGUUUGGAUCGGUACCUCUGUAUGACGCGGCCACUCAGCUACCCGGUGCGGCGGACGGGCAGGAUGGCCGGUCUGAUGAUCGGAGCCGCCUGGCUGCUGUCCUUCGUCCUCUGGGCCCCCGCCAUCCUCUGCUGGCAGACUGUCGGGGGCAAACGUGUCGUCCCUGAAGGAGAGUGUUACACCCAGUUCCUCGCCAGCCCUGCUGUCACUUUGGGGACGACGCUUCCUUCUUUUUACCUGCCGGCGCUCGUCAUGAUUGGCCUCUACAGCCGCCUGUCCGCCGCCAGCCGCAGUCGACUGAGCGCGCUCGGUUCAGAGCGAGGCAUGCUCAGGGCGUCCAGUCUGUCCAUAAAAGACUUCACCCAGCUCCGUUGUUUCAAGAUGACCAGUGACCCAGGCUCAGACCUGUCUCUGAACCAAUCGGAGUCCAGCACUCCGAAGCCCAGAAGGAGCCGGAAAGUGUCCAGAAGUCCUGGUGACACAUCCGAGCCGGCAGACGUCUCUCUGUCUCCUCAGCAGUGUCGCCCUCGGAUCGCUGCCCGCCACGCCAGGGACGAAGACUACAACAAGAUCGAAAACGACUCCUCGUCCAACACCGACCUCCACAGGACUGCCUCGGCAGCUUUCUCCGCCUAUCCCAACUUCGAGUCUCAGACGAGGCGGAGGCGUCGAGUGAUGGCGAGGGAGAGGAGGGUCACCAAGACCAUCCUGGCCAUCCUGCUGGCCUUCAUCCUCACCUGGAUGCCCUACAACAUCAUGGCCGUCAUCGCCGCCUUCUGUCACGUCUGCAUCCCCGGCGUCCUAUGGACCACGGGAUACUGGCUCUGUUACAUCAACAGCGCCAUCAACCCCGGCUGCUACGCUCUGUGUAACGUCACCUUCAGAAAAACCUUCUGCAGCCUGCUGCGCUGCCACAACAGGAAGCUGUGAUGAGACUGACUGCUCUGUUGAUUUGUUAGAACAUUUGGUCCUUUGGUCACCUGACACGAUACGAGAUGUGACCAUGUUUCAUGCAGACUGAGAAUUUAUUUCUGACAUACUUUAUUUCUUUAAUUUUCAAAGAUUUCUUUUAAUGAUCUCUUCGAUGUUCCUCAACACAGACACAGAGGAGUCUUCUCGAUAAUUUACCGAUACUAUAAGUUUAUGUUCUGCUGGUCUAAAUAAUACAAUACCCAUGAGCCUCAGCUGGCAUUGCUAUGAAGAGGAAGUCAGUUGUGAAUCAGAGUUGUAACUUUGUUGAAUCAAUUGGGAACAAUACGCUGCUGAACUGAUCCAAAACUGACCCAGAAUCCAAAAGUAAAACUAUAUAAAUUUAUCUCAACACUGUAAUCUCACAGGGUUUUAAUCUUUGUGAUUGGAUAUUUGUUGCUGAAAAGCACCUUGGGAGUCGUAGUUAACUUCUCUCCUUCAGUUUUCAUGUCCACAGGCUUCUUGUACCUUUUGACUUUUUAUCAAAGAACCAGAUAUUUUCUUGUCUCGUCUUCUGUUACUGCAGGAACACAUCGUCUCCCAUUUCAAAAUUAUUGAAUUCACAAACUUAUGAUUUUGCUCGGUCUGUCAGUCCAACACUUUGGUUGAGAGUAAAAUAUUUCUAUUAGCUGGAUUGUCAUUUGACACAGACACUCUUUAAUAAUCCUCUGACUUUUCAUUUAGCACCAGUUUCAUACGUGCUGAUGUUACAAAUAUAAUAACCAGAAUGAUUCUGUGCUCUUAACUUCGGGACUCCCUAAAAACUUGGUAUUUGUGUGCUGAUGCGCGUUUUUGUCGGCUCACGUUGGGUUGUUUCGUCACUUUUUGGACAAGCUAGCAAAACCGUAACCUAAGAAGUUGUUUAUUAACCUAAUCUUUGCCUCCAUAUUAAACCUACAGGGGACCUCACUCAUAACUGUAACUUCAAACAGAGAUGAUUUUUUAUUUUUUGUGAUCUUCGAUUUAUGAAGAUACACUUAGAUUUUAACGUUGGACUUCCCUGCAGACUUUUACCUGACUGUUGAUAAAUUCUCAAAUUGACCAUCAUAACGUUAUAUAUUGCUAAAAUAUAUUGACAUUUAGAUGGACUAAAUUAUGUCCAACAACAGUUUCCGCAAAUCCAGGGUAGCUGAAGUUAACUGGAUACCGGACCCUAUUCAAUCCAAUGAGAAUUGCUCACCUGGCGCAUAUGUCAAAAACGUUAUCUAGCUUUGUACAAAUCUCGCGAGAGUUCCGCAAAUCCAGAGCUACCAUCUACCGCUGCUGAAGUACAGUCAUGGCUACAGUAUCCACGGUCCAGAGUUGACUGAUUCUGGUCUGGUAUCAUGACAUGAAACAGCGUUUUCUCGGUUAAAAAAAGCGAUUAUCCUAUGAGCGGGGGGACUCACAAUUAGCCAGUCGCUGCCACGGGCAGACUGACGCUGUUGUCAAGCGUUGCGCCGGACCCAAGGAGGAUUAAUAAUGACAAUGGCGAACGCUAUAAGAUAGACGCCCAACAUCGUAGUUUGUUUGUUGUUGGCUAUGCAUCAGUGUCGAUGUUCAUAAGAUUCAGGUGGAUACGUUGGUCUCUAUUGAUUGGUUAGGUAAAAUCGAAUCCCCCUCCCCAUGGAAAUCGGUUAGAGUGGAGGCAAUUGUUGCUUUCGAAUGGGGUCGUGUUUACCGUGUUCACGAGAAGAACGCCCCCCUCUUGUGGUAUUCACGACCUCGUAAGUGGAAACUUUGUGAAAGCUGUGAGUUUGCGAGUUGUGACGUGUUUGAUAACAUUUUCAGAAGUGGCGGAAGCCAUGGAAGUACAUUUUUUGGUGGAUGGUAAGUUAAUAUAUUGUAAUUCUUCGUAAAUCUCAUUUCUUGUUCCUCGGCAUGGCGUUGAAAUACAAAGGCAACAUUUCUUGGUGCUGUCGGUUGAUGUUUUGGGACACUGUUCAUUUGUCUCUACCUGUACAGCUAAGUUUGUAGUCUGUGUUAGCAUUAUCACUGCUACUAGCUACCGUUUCUCACUGGAGCAUGUGUCAUGUUAGCUAGCCAGAGCUGCCAGAUGUCUAUCGAAGGUGGCGUGUGGUCAAAAAUAAAAGGUUUCUAGCAAGUUGCUUAAUUUCUAAAUACUGAAAAUGUCCAUAUAUAAGCUGUCAUGACAUUGUGGUGAUGUGUUUAAUACCCUCCCUGCUGCGCAUGCAUACUUGAGUGUUUGUAAAUGUAUGUUCUAUAUAGACGACUUUCCAGUUUACACUCAGAAUUGUUGACACUCAAAUAAAAUGGCGGACAGUAAAACUAGUGCACUAUAUUGUCAAUAGGGAGUGACGUUGAACACAGAGGUCUGGAACCAGGCUAAUGCUAAACGUACGCAUGUUAACGUGUCAACAACUGCUGUCGUGCUUAAAGCUAACAUGCUAUAAGCAUGCUAACAUGCCCAAUCUCUAGUUUAUGCUGAUUAGUUCCUUAUUGUGGGAGUGGUAUCUUAGAUAUUUAUAGCGUUUUGAUACUAGCUAGCUAUUCACAGCAGGUCACUUAUAUUUGGAUACAUUUUUAAGGACUUGCUUACUGAUGUAAUUUAUGGGUGUUCAUUUAUUUACCUUUCCUCUUUUCUAAUAUUGUAUAAGUGCCUAAAUGCAGUUUUUUGUCCCCUCCCUAUUUUCCCAGCCCGUGCUGAAUGAGUGGGAGGUUAUUUAAGAGAAUGUGAGACGCAUGUGGCGUCCGAACAUUAGUCAUUUAAUAAAGUUGGUGGCCUUAAGUCCGUGUGCUCCAGUAUACUUUGCAUCUUACCUCUGAAGUCUCUACUGAUGUGAAGUUCUGACUGUCAGCAUGUUAAUAUCUGGUAGUUAACAUACAGGUCAGAAAGAGUUCUCAAGCAUUAGAUGCACAUUUAUAAAUGUGUUGAAGACUAUUUUUUUGUCCUUUAGCACGUUUAUUGUCACGUGUUUGUGUCAUGCGCACAUUAAUGAACAGACUCGACACCAAACUCUUCUCCAAAACAAUGUACAGUAUUUAAUUUGUUCAUUUAUACAAGUCUCAUCUUGCAACAUCAUUAAUCUAUAGUUCAAAAAUAUAUUUUAUAGAGGGUUUUGCCAGUACAGAUCCAUCCAAGCCUUUCUAAUUUUUGUUUCCAUAUCUUAAAGGUGAUUCUAAACUCGUGUAAAAACAGAACUCUUUAUAAUCCAGCGACUGACGUCCCGGAUCAUCGAGGAGACCGGAUCAGAACAUUAAUUUA